GUUGACGGAAACUUUACUGUGAAUGGCGUGAAUGGCGUGAAUGGACAUGGGAUCAUAACCUUUUAGGCCUUCGACCGAUUAUCGGGCUGUGUUGGCGGCCAUCUAGUGGGAAAUUGGAAUUUAUUUGGAUGAUACCGAUAACCAAAAGAAUUAAAAAAUAUUAAUAUUAAAAGAUAUUUCUUUCUCGCUUUUCCCCUUUUAUUUAUUGUUUUGGAGGACACAAUUCUUUUAUUUUUUUAUUCUCUUUGAAUUCGCACACACUCUCUCUCUGUAAAGUGGUAAUUUCGAACAAUACUAACAUCAAUCUUUGUCUUCAGUCUCGUCAAAUUCCUUGACUUGUACAUACAAAAGUUCAACAAGCUUGCUUCAGAAACUCUAUCGGAUUAUCCAGAUACCUUCAGAUCAGAACGAACCUCAAAAGUACACCGCCCCUCGCAAUCAUGUCUACCCGUCCUCAAAAUAUCGGCAUCAAGGCCAUUGAAAUUUACUUCCCAAGUCAGGUAAUUCACCAUACCUCAUUUAUUUCUGCAGAGUCCUGUUUGUUUACGUUGGAAACUAACUUGCGUGUCCCCGCCGCCAGUGUGUUGCUCAGGAAGAACUCGAGAAGUUCGAUGGCGUUAGUGCAGGGAAAUACACAAUCGGUCUUGGGCAAACCAAGAUGAGCUUCUGUGAUGAUAGAGAAGGUGAGAAUUUACAUAUUCGCAACAGUUGUCGGGGGUUUUACUUAUUCAUGGCAUCUUGCAGAUAUUUACUCUUUUGCCUUGACCGUCACCUCCCGUCUUCUCAGCAAGUACAACAUUGAUACAAACACCAUUGGACGUCUGGAAGUUGGCACAGAAACCCUUCUCGACAAAUCAAAGUCCGUGAAAUCGGUUCUCAUGCAACUGUUUGGAGAAAACUCGAAUAUUGAGGGAAUUGAUACCGUUAAUGCAUGCUACGGUGGUACCAAUGCUGUAUUCAACGCUGUUAACUGGAUUGAAUCGUCCGCAUGGGAUGGAAGAGAUGCCAUUGUGGUUGCUGGAGACAUUGCUUUAUAUGCCAAGGGUUCUGCGCGUCCAACUGGAGGUGCGGGAGCUGUUGCCAUGUUGAUUGGACCAAACGCUCCAGUUGUUGUUGAGCCUGGUCUUCGUGGAACAUACAUGCAACACGCCUACGAUUUCUACAAGCCAGAUCUUACUAGCGAGUAUCCAAUCGUCGACGGUCAUUUCUCUCUCAGAUGUUAUACCGAAGCAGUUGAUGCUUGCUACAAGGCAUACAACAGGCGGGAACAAACCCUCAAGCCUUUAGCAAACGGACAUACAAACGGUGCCGUCUCAGAGGAAUCAACAAAGUCUCCUAUUGAUCGUUUCGAUUACAUGACCUUCCAUGCCCCUACCUGCAAGCUCGUUUCCAAGUCAUACGCCCGUAUGCUUUACAACGACUAUCUUGCUAAUCCGACCGCAUCCACUUUUGCUGAUGUUCCAGCUGAGUUGAGAGAUAUGGACUAUGCCAAGUCUUUGAGCGACAAGGUUGUCGAGAAGACAUUCAUGGGAUUGACAAAGAAGCGUUUCAAUGAGCGCGUUCAACCCAGUAUCCAAGUCCCAACCAUGUGCGGAAACAUGUACACUGCCAGUGUUUAUGGUGGGUUGGUCAGUUUGUUGAGCAACGUCGACAGCGCUACUCUUCAAGGAAAAAGAAUUGGUGUUUUCAGUUACGGAAGUGGUUUAGCCGCAAGUUUGUUCUCCUUGAAGAUCAACGGUUCCACUGAGGCCAUUGCAAAGGCUUUGAACUUACAGGAAAGACUUGACGCUCGCCGAACCGUCGCUCCAGAGGUUUACGAAGAGGUAUGAAGGAUAUUGUGAGAAGGAGCUCUUGGAUCUUGUGCUAACAUACAACAGUUCUGCAGUCUUCGCAAGCAAGCCCAUCUCCAAAAGUCAUACACCCCACAAGGUAGCCCAGACACCAUCGCUAAGGAUACUUACUAUCUCAAGAGUGUUGAUGAUAUGUUCCGCCGAGAAUACGAGAUCAAGGCAUAACUUCUCAAAAUCAAUUUUAAUUUGACUGCAAAUCUUCUUUGCAUGCUAGGUGCCAUAGAUUGACUGGGACGGCUUUUUCUUUCUUUAAAUUGCAUGUCCACGGUUAUCCUAUAUAGAGCGCGAUAUUUGCAUGCAUUUACUCUUUACGUCUAAAGUGACGGAGAGUACGGUAGAUAAAGGUGCUGGAAAGUGGGAGGGGAUGGAAAUUUAAAUGCAUGGGAUGAUUUCAACGAAAUAGGAAUUUUAAUACUUUUGAUACUGAUGAAGGAUUGUGGAGAACGAAGCGGGAAUGAAGCAUUGUAUGAGCGGUGGUUGAAUGAUCUCGGGCCUCGUCUCACAUAUAGAUAGACAGCGCAAUGAUAGAUGAGGAUGAUAAUUUUGAAUUUGGUUCAGAUAUCAAUAUACUGGAGUUGUUUCUUUCUGGUGAUGC